AUGUCGUGGCUUUUCAGCUUUCCCAAACUCUCCGCGCAGCUCCCUGCAGCAGCGAUCACACUGCAGCCCCCAAAUCGCUGUCGCCAGCUCCUCUUCAAAGCCAAUCCUUCUGCCUGUGGCCGGAAGGGUCCUGCACCACUUCUGACUGGCAGGUCGCCUGGAAAGCCUGAUUGGCUAAAUGCAGUGACCUAUGAUGAUGUGCAUAUCGACUUUACUUUGGAAGAAUGGACUUUGCUGGAUCCUUCCCAGAAGAAUCUCUACAAAGAUGUGAUGCUGGAGACCUACAGAAACCUCACUACUAUAGGAUACAGUUGGGAAGACCAUAAUAUUGAAGAACAUUGUCAAAGUUCUAGAAGACAUGAAAGGCAUGAAAAAAGUCAAAAUGGAGAGAAAACUUUUGUAUAUACUCAAUGUGUUGAAGCCUUUGCAUGUGCUAGUCAUCUUCACAGGCAUGAAAAAACACAUACUAGAUUGAAACCCUAUGAAGGAAAUGAGUGUGGUAAAGCCUUUUCACAUCACUGUCAUCUUCAAACGCAUAAAAAAACAUACACUGGAGAGAAACCCUAUGAAUGUAAUCAGUGUGGUAAAACCUUUGCACGUCACAGUAAUCUUCAAUGGCAUAAAAGAACACAUACUGGACAAAAGCUCUAUGAAUGUAAUCAGUGUGGUAAAGCCUUUUGUUAUCACAGUCAUCUUCAAAGUUAUGAAAGAACACAUACUGGAGAGAAACCCUAUGAAUGUAAUCAGUGUGGUAAAGUCUUUACAUGUCACAGUAAUCUACAAAGUCAUGAAAGAACCCAUACUGGAGAGAAACCCUAUGCAUCUAAUCAGUGUGGUAAAGCCUUUGCACAGCACAGUCAUCUACAAAGUCAUAAAAGAACCCAUACUGGAGAAAAACCCUAUGAAUGUAAUCAGUGUGGAAAAGCCUUUCUUUAUCACAGUAAUCUUCAACGUCAUGAAAGAACCCAUACUGGAGAGAAACCCUAUGAAUGUAAUCAGUGUGGUAAAGCCUUUACAUAUCACAGUAAUCUACAAAGUCAUAAAAGAAUCCAUACUGGAGAAAAGCCCUAUGAAUGUAAUCAGUGUGGUAAAGCCUUUGCAUGUCACAGUAAU